AGACACAUCUCAUGGAGAACCUAAACAACUUUAAUAGACAACAAAAAAAAAGAAGAACCUAACCAAAAAAAAAAAGAAUGGAGGCCGAGAAAACACCAUCGACGACGGAGAAGAAAACGGAGCAAGUGAAAGACAACGACUUACCAACCAAUAGCCCUUACAUGGCCACAGGUACUUUGGAAGACUACAAACUGAAAGCUUAUGGAGCCGAAGGUCACCAAGAACCUACACCUGGUCUUGGAGGUGGCUCCACCGAUGCUCCUACUCCUUCUGGCGACAAACCGGCCGCCACCACCACCGGUGCCAAAGCUCCGUGAUAAAUAAAAGACUAUAAUAAUGAACGGGUUUUGUGGAUCUUCGGAAAAAAAGAAAUAAACCCAAAAUUGUAGUAUUGUUCAAUAACUGAUCCAGCUUCUUUUUAUUUCUUAACGUUUUUAUGGUUUGACUAAAAAUGUAUUUCGAGUUUCAUAAGAUAUUUAUUAUCAUAUGUUUCCGAUAAAAUGAAGUUGUAACGAUUUAAUAAUUAAUGUGAUCUUAUUUCGGUUCGAAAAAA